AUGGAGAGAGUGGAAUGGGAGGUGGAGGCAGCAGAGGAGGAGGACAUGGCGGAGGAGGAGGAGACAGAGGUCUCAACAGUCAGUCUGCAAACAACAGUUCAAAUGAGACUCAUGUCAGCAUUGGAGGCCAUCAAACAACUCUCAAUCCAUCACCCAUACCUGGACUGCAUAACCAAUGCAGUCACAGUGCUUUACGAGACGAUCGUAAAGACGGACACCCAGACCAGGAUCGACCCACUGGACGACCUCAGAGCAAUGUUAGUAUCACUCAGCAAAAAAGUCGAUGAGAUGGACUGCAAGUCCACACCCACCCACCACCAGACCUACAGACAUGAGGAAGACCAGGGCCCGAGGAACACCAAGGAUGCGUAUGCGACGGGACCCACCUACAAACCUACAACAAAAGCCAAACCAAAACCGGCCCAGUCACCUGCCCAGUUGACGAAACGCCUGCCGGCGAACCCAAUGACCAGACACCACCCAUCACAUCUAGUGGUGAGUGUUCAAGACGAGAACCCACCGGCUCAGGACGAACACCCCAAGAAGCUAGUAGAGAAAAUCAACAAGAGCCUCAAGGAGGAGGGCGCGAAGGCCCGAAUUGUCAGAGUACACUGGAACACGAAAGGAAACUGCAUCGUGUUUGCACACCCGAGUUUCAACGCAGAGGACCUGACGCCGUACAGCCCGCUGUUUGGAAGCAUACUGGCUGGAAAGAGCGACUUUGAAGCAGCACCAGACACGGAAUGGCACAAGGUGCUGCUUCACGGUAUGGAUACAGGAGUGGAGGCUGAGGGGAGGCUGAGGACCGGGGAUGAGGUGGCAGCAAGGAUGAGGGAAGAGGACCCUUUGAUGGAGAACGUGAAGUUCGUCGGGGCACCAAAGUGGCUCAUGCAGGAGGCGGAGCUGAGGGAGAAACGACACUCUUCAGUAACAAUCACAGUGAAGACCAGAGACAAUGAGGAAUACCUCACCAAGACCAAGGCCGGCGUCUUCCUGUAUGGGAAGCUUGCACGAUUUGCAAAAUUCCAGGAUGUCAAACCCCUCCGGCAGUGUGUCAACUGCUGGAGCUACGAGCAUUACACGUCCAAGUGCAACGCAGCAACGACAUGCCGCACUCAUCUUAACUGGGGACUGGAACGAAAUCACCCAAUCUGGUCAACGGACGACAGACCGGCACCACAACGGACAGAGGACCUAGUCCUAUGGAUGAUGCAAAACGGCUUCCAGCUGUUAAACAAAAAAGGCGAGAUGACCUACUUCUCACAUGAUGGCAAGUCAGCAUCAGUCCUGGACCUGAUGUUUGCGAACGACAAGGCACUGGACAGCCAGUCCCUCCUCGACUGGGGUGUAUGCCGAGAGAAAGCAUACGGAUCCGACCACUAUGCCCUCACCUGGACAAUCAACCAUGGAAGCGUGCCCAUCAAAAAUGUCACCACCCAGAAGUACAACUGGAAGGACAUGGAACCUGGGUCCAUCCACGCAUGGAAGGGCACUCUGGCGCAAGAGCUCGCACAGAGGGCAUGGGCCUUUGAGGCACUCCGAUCGCAACACACACCAUUGAACCAGACACUCGACAUCGCUAUGAAUGAAUACCACAACACCAUACUGGCAGCGACAAAAGCACAUGUACUGAUUUGGAAGGACUCACAGUGGGCAAAACCAUGGUGGAACAGCGAGCUAGAGGGGGUCGCCAAGGAGAUUCGGGACGCACAGCAGGCAGGUGCAAAACACCUGGAGGAGCAGGGGGAGCUGUUCAAAGGGAUCACGGAGGACAUGAAACGGUUGUGGAACCAAUUCAGGCAGAGGGUGAAAGUGGUCAAGAGGAAGUGGCUGGACACGGCGCUGGCAGAGGCAACGGCAGAGGAUGUGUGGACAUACGCAAAGUGGCCCAAGGGGAGGAGGACGUACCAAUCACCUGCGCUGGACUGA